UUGCAGUAUACAUAAAUAGUAGUAGGUAUCUCUAUUUAGUUUGUGAUUGCUCUUGGUAAUUUAGUUUCGUGGACGCAAUAUUUUCCUUUAAUUUUAUGCCUAGAGAUAGUUCUAAAAUUACGAGAGUAAUUACCAAUUUACGCAUUCAGGCAUUUGAUUGUAGUGCAUUAACUAUGUUCAAAGUAGUCCUAUAAAAAGAAACUACCUGCUGUAAUGGAUUACUCGGCUCAAAACUUAGAAUAUGCCGUAGCUGUAUUCUAUAAUGGAGAGCAGGCUGAAAGAGCUAAAGCUCACGCUUGGCUUACGUCUGCCCAAAGAGCACCUGAAGCCUGGAAGUUUGUUUGGGAAUUACUUCAACCUACAAAGAGUGAGUAUUUAUUUCAGGGCACAGAGGUCCAAUUCUAUGCUGCAACUACUCUGCACACCAAAAUAUUACGUUGUUGGAGUGAAUUACCACAGGAAAGUUAUGAUGAGUUAAAAGAAAAAAUACUGCAAUCAAUAUUUACAUAUUCCAAUGGCCCAAAGAUAGUUACUAAUAGACUUUGCAUCAGUCUUGCUGCAUUUAUACUGCAACAAGGAACAGUUGAUCUUGCCACUAUAUUAAGGCCGCUUUCAUCAGCGGAGAAUACGGCCCUACUACUUGAAGUUCUCACAGUAAUACCUGAGGAAUAUAACAGCAUGACAAUGGGAUCAGCACUUCGGGCUAAAAAUAGAACAGCUCUACAGCAGGCCUGCCCUAUGGUUCUAGAUGACAUGUUGCGGUAUUUGCAAACUGCAUAUCAGGAUUUUGGUUCCGACGGCCCUCCAGAAGAAGCGGUGCAGGCGUGGCUUAGUGCCGCCACAUGUGCCGGCAACUGGCUGACUUUGGGCGGCGAGGACUCGCCUGAGUCGGGAGGCGGAGCGCUGCCCGACCUCCUUCCAUUGUGCCGGGCCUUGCUGAUGGUCGUCAAAGUAUUAUACAUGAGCAACGAGGCUGUGAGCGACAGCGCGCUAGACGCUUGUGAAGCCAGCCUAUCUGCGGUGCGGGCCGCAGCGGCCAGCCAGCAGGCGGAUCGUCACCCCGCCGCCGCGCUGCAGUUGCUGGCCGAGCUGGUGGCGCUCGGCUGCCCGCUCGUGACCAGAGACAACGUGGCCAACUCUAUUAACGAGGAAUUAUUGUCCGCAUUUAUAACGUGUUGUGUUGCUCUUGGGGAAUGCCACGCACAAAGCAUAGUGAUGGCUGCGGAAAGUGCAGAAGGUGGCAAAGCCCCCGAUAACGUGAGGCAAGGCGCCGAGGCGGCCCGCCAACUGAUUGAGAUACUAUUGGCUGCCCAGGGCGCCCCCGGACAUUACCCGAUACACGAAACACGCUCCAAUCUCGUCUUUGGAUUCUGGUACACGCUACAAGAUCAAGUGCUAUAUACCGCUAAGUCUGAAAAGCCACACCCGAUGUGGCGGCAGGUGUUCUCGCGUCUACUUACCACGCUGGUCAGCAAGUCUGAGAUGCUCGGAGACUCCAUGUCCUGGGACGAUCAGGAACUGCUUAGGUGUUACCGGCAGGACAUAGCUGAUACCGUGAUGUACUGCUACGGCAUCCUAGGCGAGGAUUGUUGGUCUGUGGUGGAGUGUGAUUGGUCGGCGGCGCAGUCUGAUUCCCGUCGCGAGGCGGCGCUGCACGCGGUGCUGGCGCUGGCGGACGCGCAGAGCACGCGCCCGCCGCCCGCGCUGCUCUCACUGCUGCGGGCCGCCGUGCACGUGGCCCGCACCGCGCCCGCCUCGCCGAUGCUAGCGACGGCACUGGACUGUCUCGGCGGUUACGGCGCCCUACUGAGCUCGCUGGGCGGCGGGUCGCUGGCGGCGGAGUGCGUGUCGGCGGCGGGCGCGGCGCUGGCCCGCAGCCCGGCCGCGGCCGCGCACGCGCUGCGCAAGCUGUGCGCCGACUGCAGCGGGCCCGCCGCCGCGCUCGCGGAGGACAUCGUGCACUGCGCGCGGAGCAGCGCCAGUCGAUCGGGGGACGCUUGGACGCGGCGACAACUGGCCGCUGCCGCGGGUUCGGCGCUGGUGGCGGCCGCGCUGCCCGCCGCCGCGCGCCUGCUGCAGCCGCUAGCCGUGCAGCUGCGGGACGAGCUCGCGCUACAGGCCCAGAACCCCAUGCAGGCCGCGAACGGAGCGGCGGAGUGCGCGGGCGCACUGCUGAGCGCGCUGGCGGAGUCCCCGGCGCUGGCCGCGCUGCUGCUGCGCACGCUGCACCCCGCGCUGCCCGCCUUCGCCGCGCAGCCGCAGCUGGCCGAGCCGCUGUUCCACAUCGUGAAGCAGGCGCUGUCGUCGCUGAUGGGCGACUGCCUGCCGUUCGCGCCGGAAUUAGCGCAGCUUACAGUCAUCGCACUCAACGCUAACGUGUGUGCCGCCGGGCUCGAUUCUGUCAAAUUGAUGGUGAUAAUGGUGGGCAGCGAGUGGGCGGGCUGCCCGGAGCUGCUGCGCGCGGCGUGCGCGCUGGCGGCGGCGCGCGUGGCGCCCGACGUGGGCGCCGCGCCCGACGUGGCCGACGCCCUGUUCGCGCUGCUGCUCACCGUCACCAGGAAGAAGCCGCACUUCGUGGACUGUGUCGCGGAGCUGCUGCCGGACCUGGUGGACUUGGGCUGCAACUGCGUGCGCACGUGGGAGGCGCAGGCGGCGCGGGCGGCGUGCAGCUGGCUGGCGGCGCUGGCGGCGCAGAGCCCCGCCGCGCUGCAGCCGCGCGCCGACCAGCUCACCGCCGCCGCGCUGCGCUGCAUAGGUGGUCUGACACCUCGUAGCCAGAUGGAGCCGCUGACGGAGCUGCUGCUGGCGCUGAACUGCGCGGCGUGGCGCGGCGCCGGGCUGGCGGGCUGGCUGCGGGCCGCGCUGGCGCAGCCCGGCUUCCCCACGCACCACGCCACCGACGAACACAAGCACAAGUUCAUCGCUAGCGUGCUCAAAGAAAAGAGCAGCAAGCGAAGGCUACUGGCGUCAGUGCAAGAGUUCUCAUUGGCGUGUCGGGGACUCAUCGGCACGGAGUACGCGCGACAGACGAUGGCGUCGCGGCAACUAGUUGCUUAAUAUGUGGCGACAGCUCUACGGCACCCGCUGUUAGCCAAUGACAGCGAGGUAUGCAAGUCCAGCGGCAAAUAACAGCGAGCAUGCUAAAUCGCACAAACAAAGUUUCCACGGAUAUCCGACGGAAGAGCCAUUCGAGUCAGUCGAGUCCGAAAAAUCGUUCUCGAUACAAAUUAUUGUAAAUAUUUCAUGUGUAUACUUAGCCAGCUUGUGUCAAUAUUAAGUAGAUACCAUUCUACAUGACUUUAUUUUUUCUAUUUAUGUGAUUUUAUAUGUUGAAUUGUUCUUCAUAUAUACUUCCGAGUUUAUGUCCGUAAAGUAUCGUAAUAAGCCACUUCUGUUUAGUCUUCUUUCAGUAAGUUUGAUCUAUAUCAAAUCAUCUCCUCAAUCGGAAUAUUUUACUUAAGUGUUACCUGGAAAACGAUAAACUAUGUAUUUGAUUUUGUUUUGAUUUUGAACAUGUUUAGUUAAAACUACUGAAAAUCGUAUGAAAUUCCAAAGUGUGAAAAUUGUUAGUCAAUUUGUAUUCAUUAUUAUCAAAUUGUAUCAAAAUCAUAAAGUAACCAGUGUAUAAAAAUAACUGCAGCAAAGAAACAAAGUAACUUUGGUUUUUAGAACACAUUUUAUUUGGCACUUCAUUUAUGACGUUCUGCAUAAUAAAAUAAAAACCAGAGACAUACACAUACAUAAAAUAAUAUACAUAAAAUCACGCCUCUUUCCCGGAGGGGUAGGCAGAGACUACCUCUUUCCACUUGCCACGAUCUCUGCAUAUUUUCCUUUGCUUCAUCCACAUUCAUAACUCUCUUCAUGCAAGCUCGGCGGUUUCGGGUACUUUUGACGUGACCCUUUACCAGGACGUCCUUAAUUUGAUCAAGAUAUGUUCGUCUAGGUCUUCCCACUCCGACCUUUCCCUCCACACUCUCUAUGUAUAUCUGCUUAGUCAACUUGUUUUCAUUCAUCCUCUCCACAUGACCGAACCACCUCAACAUACCCUUUUCUAUUCCUGUAACUACAUCUUCUUUCACAUCACAACAUUCCCUUAUCCGGUCACUCAAUUUCACACCCAAUAUACUCCUUAACGCUCUCAUUUCCACUGCAUUUAUUCUUCCUUUCUUUCGUGCUUCUUUUGCCAUACCCAACUUUCACUCCCGUACAUUAAUGUCGCGACCAACACGCCCCUCUGCACAGCCAGUCGAGCCUUUUUGGAUAGUUUCUGACUGCUCAUAAAGGCAUACACAUACUUAGAAUAAUUCUGCUUAAUACAAUAGGGAUGUGGACUAUUUUUGGGAAAGUGUUUAAAACCAUGCAUAAGUACCAAAUAUAACCCAAACUAUUUAUAAUUAUUUUUUUAUUUGAAGUUAUACCUUUAAAAACAUUUUUUUUUAAAUUCCAUUUAAAAUUUCGCGCUAAAACGCGGAUACCUGUCAAACGGCCGCUGUGACGUCACGCGUUAUAAAAUAUUGUCGAAGUUGUAUGUAAUGAAUAGUUGUGUGAUAAUAAUAUGAAUUCAAAAUUUUAUAAAUAUUGUGCGGUGCCGCAGUGUAAAAGUACAACUAUUAAAGCACCUGAAAAACUGUUUAUGUAUUACGUGGAACGUGAUUCCACGUACAAAAACGAUGCUGAAAAAUUGGCUUCAAUUAGCCCGUCGGGAUCCGGCACUUGUAUCUACACAAAGUAAAAUGUAUUUCUGUGAGGAUCAUUUUGAUGUAAGUUUGAUAAUAUUUGUUACAUUUACUUGUAUUAAAAUAAUUUAACUCUUCAAGUUUUCAAAGACGAAAACUCGAAUUUUUAGGUUAGAAAUAAAGUAAACAAUGUUUCGUAGUUGCAUUAUAGUUGCCAAUGAUAUGGAGAAUUAUCCAGAAUAUCAUUUGAUGGGCACAGUAUCCCAGAUCAAACUGAGAGCAGGUUGUGUGCCAAGAAAGUUUGCAUGUCAACCCGAUAGAAAAGACGAACCGAAAACAUAACAACUCGACUAUUAGCAGUUAAAAGACAAAGAUUGGAAUCAAUAGCGGAAUGUGAAAGAGAAAAAGAACAGACUCAUUCUACACAAAGUAUUUCCGUGGCUAAGAUAAUCGGACGGUUAUCACGGUAAUAAUAUGAUCCAAAUAUCAACAAACACCAUAGUAUUUGACAGCGAAAAUUCUUGUAUUGCAACGCGUGACAUCACGCAUUUUGAUUGGUAUUCAUUGUCACGUGACUUGAGGGUGAAAUAUUUAAUUACAUUUUAUUAAAUGAAAAAAUAAUCCCUUGUUUAUUGAGGAAAAUAUUGUGUUUUUUAUUAUUUUUACUAUAGAAACUACCUUUUCGUGGUAAAAUUUUAUACUUAUUUGAGUACAGUCCACAUCCCUAUUGUGUAUAUAGGAUCCACUGAUAUAGAAUUAUUCAGUAUCUUUCUUUCGAUUUCUUCGUAAUCUCUUUAAUUUGUUAGGAAAAAAUAAGAACUAUUUCGUCUCUUAUGUACAUUUUUGUGGCAGGAUUUUUUAUUAGUUGUACUUACAAUUAGAAUUAUAUAGAUAUUUAUUGAUUUAGAGAAAUCUAUUUGCCCUAGCAUCUUUAAAUGAGGAACCAGUUAAAAUGUGCAGUAUCAGAAUUCUCUUUUUUAAAUUACUGCACGUGUCCUACAAAUCUAAUAAACUUAUUGCUAAAUGGAAGAAAUGGAGCAUCCAUUCCAAGUGUUACUUGACUUCUACUAGAAAAAAAAAACCGACAUAUAUUUUUUUUAAUUUUGUAAAAUGUGUGGCUACUGGGUAAAAUAUUGCCUACCUUUGACAUUUUUAAAUAUCAUAGAGUUACGACGUUACUACCUAAAACAUUUCGAAAAAGGAAAUUUUGUACUUUGUUAAUUUUUCCCUUAAAUUAUAAUAAACUAAAUCAAGAACCGAUCCAAAAGGUUUUUAUAAAUAAAUUCAUUGAAAUACAAUAAGUGGCUCUUCGCUGCAUGCAAAUACUUUCUUUGAAUAAUGAAAUAAUAAAUGAGGUUCUUCAAUUCAUCUUGGUUUAUGUAUUAAAGUUUACUGAUGACUUAUUCGAUGAAAUUGAUGCCUUGAUAUUUAGUAAGGUGCUAUAGAGGUUGCAGAUCAUUGUAAAAUUCGAAAAAAACAUAAGGCACUGUUAGUUUAGUGACAAUAAAAGUGUAUUAGAAAUGUAUGAUCAAAAUGUACAUUAUCAUUGUAUAUAGCAUUAAGAUAACUUGGUUAUUUAACUAAAUAAUAAAAAAAAACAAUGACA